AGCCAUCCAUCUGUACGAUCGUUAGUCGGUCGCGCCAUGCUGAGCUGUAGACACUUGAUUGGUCGUUUUCUGGUGCGACGUCAGGCCAGCACGCAGGCUCGUCUUGCUAGUCCUGGCAUUGUGGAGAUCGACGAAGCUGACGGGCAGCGCCUGAAAUACCCACAGGUCUGGUUGCGGGACAACUGCCAGUGCACGGAGUGUUUCCAUGCGACGACGCGGGCACGCAAGAGCAACUGGGAGCGCGGACCACUCCACGUGGGCGCCCAGCGGGUGAGCUACGAUGAGCAGUGCCAGCAGCUUCAAGUCCACUGGCAAGACGAGCACAAGAGCGUUUACGAGCUGCAGUGGCUGCGGGAGCGGGACUUCGGGGACGCGGCCAGACAAAAGUACUUGGACGAGGUCUACCGGCCGCCCGUGCAGCUCUGGGGCAAGACUCAGUUUGAGGAGGUACGCCGGGAGUUCCUUUACCAAAAUGUGCUCGACCGGGACGACGUGCUGAAGGCGUGGCUGGAAGCCCUGGCUGUGCAGGGAUUCGCUCUGCUCAAGGAUGCGCCCGACGACGAAAAUGUGGCCCGGCGCCUGGCAGAGAGGAUUGGCUACAUCAAACGCACCACCUACGGAGAUGUCUUCGAGGUCAAGUCCAAGCCGAAUGCGGGCAAUUAUGCCUACCUGAUGGUGCCCCUGCCACUGCACACGGACAUGCCCUACUACGAGUACAAGGCGGGCAUCAACAUCUUGCACACCCUCGUCCAGUCGGAGUCGGCGGGCGGGGCCAACACGCUCGUGGACGGCUUCCAUGUGGCCGCCGAGAUGCGGCGCCUCUAUCCCCAGGAGUUCGAGGUCCUGCGCUCGGUGCCAGUCAACUGGUACGACAUCGGACACGACGGGGACCAGGCCAGACCCUUCCACAGCCUGUGGCGGGCGCCUGUUGUCUGUUUGGAUGUGGAUGGCCAGGUGGUGCGCAUCAAUCAGAACACCACGAAGCGGGAUAGCCGCUUUACGGUGCCCAUUGAGCAGGCGGUGGCCUGGUACGAGGCCUACGACAGGUUCCUUCGUCUGGCCCACGACGAGAUCGUUGAGUUCAAGACGCGACCCGGCGACGUGUUCGUGUUCAACAACCUGCGCAUGCUCCAUGGCCGCACCGCCUAUGAGGACUCGCCCCAGAACAAGCGUCAUCUGGUCGGCGCGUACGUAGACUGGGACAUUAUCUACUCCAAGCUAAGGACCCUGCGCUUCCCCCAGGCCCACGAAUGAUCCCCAUCAACAGUACAGCCAGCGGUUGGGAAGAAGACUAAAAUAGUUAACAUUUUGUAUUAAACUAGAACACAAAAAUAA